AUGCGGCCUCGAACUCUUCAGCUGCCAACCGUGGGCGAGCUUUCCGCGCGUGGGCGGCCUGGCACCGCUCUCGGGCAUUCCCGUCCCUCUUGCUGCACUUCCCGCUUCUGUAAAACAACCCUGCUUGAGUUUUUCAGAAAAGAAAUCAACCACCAUAUACCCCAUCUGUGUCUACGUGUUAUGAUGCCGUCUCGUACCAACCUGGCUACUGGGAUUCCCAGUAGUAAAGUGAAAUACUCAAGGCUCUCUAGCACAGACGAUGGCUACAUUGACCUUCAGUUUAAGAAAAGCCCUCCUAAGAUCCCUUACAAGGCCAUUGCACUUGCCACCGUGCUGUUUUUGAUUGGCACCUUUCUGAUUAUCAUAGGCUCCCUCUUGCUGGCGGGCUACAUCAGCAAAGGGGGGGCAGACCGGGCCAUUCCCGUCCUGAUCAUUGGCAUCCUGGUGUUUCUGCCAGGAUUCUACCAUCUGCGCAUCGCCUACUACGCAUCUAAAGGCUACCGGGGAUACUCCUAUGAUGACAUUCCAGACUUUGAUGACUAG